AAACCGAACGAAGCCCAAUGGAGAGAGAGAAGGGUGAUGUGCGGGGUCUCUUUCGCCUUUGCCCGGCGCUCGAGCUUACCCGAUGCAAUCGGGGAAGAGGACAAUUAUUAUUUUGUGAUUUGCACAUUUUUCCUCUUAUUUCCUCCGGGCCGGCGGCAUUCUCACCCUCUUCUUCCACCUGGCGCCUUGGUAAAAUUGGCGAGUGAUAGUUGGCAUCGAACAUGUUUACUUAGAGGAAGCCCAGACUAGACAUUCGUAAGAUCCAUGUCCCACUGAACUCGUGGAGGAGACAAGCUAGCUGCCUCUGCGUUGUUUUCUUGGUCUCCGGGCUCUUUUUCUUCGUGGCAACGUUGGUGAGAGAGAGGGGGGAGGAAAAGCAACAACUGGGAAUAAUAGUUUUAACAGCAAUUCCUCACAUGUGAUCGGGGAUUACAAUGUUAACAGCCAGGAAUGCAAAAAAUGAUAACAUGGCAAGCCCAGAAAAAGAUAAUUACAGAAUGAAAAGUUAUAAAAACAAUGCCCUCAAUCCCCAAGAAAUGCGAAGACGAAGAGAAGAAGAAGGGAUUCAGCUUCGGAAACAAAAAAGGGAAGAACAAUUAUUUAAACGUAGAAAUGUUUCUCUGCUGUCCAGCGAAGAGUCAAUGCAGGAGAGCCCAAUCCAGGAUCCUGAUGUAAGCUCUACUGUACCAAUUCUGGAGGAAGAUGUGAUUACGUGUGACAUGGUUCAGAUGGUUUUCUCAGAUGAUCCUAGUCAACAACUUGCAGCAACCCAAAAAUUCAGAAAAUUACUUUCUAAAGAACCCAAUCCUCCAAUUGAUGAAGUUAUUCAAAAACCAGGAGUUGUGGAGAGAUUUGUCAAAUUUCUAGAAAAAAAUGAUAAUUGCACUCUUCAAUUUGAAGCAGCAUGGGCUCUUACAAAUAUAGCGUCUGGAACUUUCCUGCAUACCAAAGUGGUAAUUGAAACUGGAGCAGUCCCAAUUUUUAUUAAACUCUUGAAUUCUGAACAUGAAGAUGUCCAGGAGCAGGCAGUGUGGGCCCUUGGAAAUAUUGCUGGAGAUAAUGCAGAAUGCAGAGAUUAUGUAUUAAGCUGUGGAAUACUUCCUCCACUCUUACAACUCCUAACACAUUCUAACAGGCUCACAACUACCAGAAAUGCAGUCUGGGCACUUUCAAACCUCUGUAGAGGCAAAAAUCCACCUCCAGAUUUUAGCAAGGUUCGUCCUUGCUUAGGUGUUCUAUCAAGGCUGUUGUUUAGCAGUGAUUCGGAUGUAUUAGCAGAUGCUUGCUGGGCCCUGUCUUACCUUUCCGAUGGACCGAAUGAUAAAAUACAAGCAGUUAUUGAUUCUGGGGUCUGCAGAAGAUUAGUAGAACUUCUGAUGCACAAUGACUACAAGGUCGUAUCGCCUGCAUUAAGAGCAGUGGGAAAUAUUGUGACUGGUGAUGAUAUUCAAACUCAGGUAAUUCUAAAUUGCUCUGCAUUACCCUGUCUCUUACAUUUGCUGAGUAGUCCCAAGGAAUCUAUUCGAAAGGAAGCAUGCUGGACAGUAUCUAACAUCACUGCAGGAAACAGAGCACAAAUUCAGGCUGUUAUAGAUGCAAAUAUAUUUCCAGUAUUGAUUGAAAUUCUUCAGAAAGCUGAAUUUCGUACUAUAAAGGAAGCAGCGUGGGCCAUCACUAAUGCGACAUCAGGAGGGACUCCUCAACAGAUUAGUUACUUAGUGGCAUUAGGUUGUACCAAACCUCUAUGUGAUCUUUUGACUGUGAUGGACUCUAAAAUAGUCCAGGUAGCCUUGAAUGGACUUGAAAACAUAUUGCGACAUGGAGAACAAGAAUCAAAGCAAAACGGAAUUGGAGUGAAUCCUUACUGUGCCCGUAUAGAGGAAGCCUACGGACUGGAUAAAAUUGAAAUCCUUCAAAGUCAUGAAAACCAAGAAAUCUACCAAAAGGCUUUUGAUCUCAUUGAACAUUAUUUUGGCGUGGAAGAGGAAGAUGUAAACAUUGUUCCCCAAGUGGAUGAAAGCGAGCAGCAAUUUGUGUUCCAGCAACAGGAAGCCCCCAUGGAGGGGUUCCAGCUGUAACCCUUGGCUCAGAGGACAGGAGCGCUUUUGUGGUGGCCUUCAUUUGCUGCCCUGAGGGGGAACGUUUUGCUGAAGAAGAUAAAGGAACAACUCGUGAACUCAACAUGUGCUUAUUUCCCCCCCCCCCCAACUAUUGUGUGUUGCCAUUGUCUCUUUCCUAGAAAUACCAACCAUUCACAAGUUAAAAAAUAAUGUUGUAUAGCUUGAAUUCUCACCUCAGAGCAGACAGCAGAUUCUGAGUUUUCAGGCAGUGGCUAAAAUUGCACCAUUAUCCAUAACACAGCUAUGUGUGAUAUUUUGGAUUUUGGCAGUGUGGUUUAUACACUACACUAAAAUCUACCUCUAUUCCUUGGAGCAAAAAAAAAUAUGUUUCAGAACUACAGACAUGAGCUCCUAGUAAAUGUUAAACUUAGAAUGUGAAAAUUAUUUAUUUAAAUAGUGAAAAUAUAGUUUUAUGUGUGACACUUUGAGACAAACUGGUGAAAUAUAUUUAAAAACAACACUUCUAGGAGCACGUUGCUGGUUACAUACCAUAACAUUAAGCAUUAUGUCAAAAGUACAGUAUUUCUGCUGUUUGAAAAGAGGUAGCCAGUUUCAAUUUGUAGUUCAUCCAGACGUGUUCCUAGUUAUGUAAAGGAAGUUCCUUCAUCCUUUUAAUUUCUGUGGAAUUGCAAAAGUUGCCAGUGCUUUAACUAACUAUUACAGCUGAUUUCUUUAAUGACAGCUUGAUGACAUGAUGUGGAAAGCUUUAUCUGCUGACAUGUGUCCAUUAAAUUACAGGAGCUUUUUUUCCCUACCUACUAUGAACUUCUCAAUUAGAAAAGUAUGUUUAUAUUGUAAUGAUUAUUGUAAGGGAACUUUCUAUAGUUGCAUACUAGGAAUUCUGAACUGCAAUAUCCAUGUUUAACUUAAAAGCUACUAAAAUGUGUGAGGCUGCAACAUACCCUUUUAAAGAACAAAGUUAGAUUAUUUAUUUACACAGUGUAUUGUGUUUGACCAAAUAUAUGAAUGCAUUAUAAAACCCCUUUUUUUAAUGUUUGGCAAUUUUUCUAACUUAUUGAAAACAGAUCACCAAAAGUAUAUUUUCUAACAGAUCAGCAGUAGCACUGGGAAAAAUCAUUUUCCAAUUAAUUGAAGGAAAGCACUUGAAUAUACUAUUAUUUGUGACAACAUAUGUAAAAUAAGUUUAUAUAAUACUGGUUAAUUUUAUUUUAUGCUAGAAUGAACAUUUGAGACCAUUUGUUUUAGAGUAUGAAUCUUAUAUGAAUUGGGAGAGCUAUAGCCCAGUUCAAGUACUCUGAUAAUUUUGCUUAUCAGAAAUGUCUUGAUCUGUAUAAUAACUUUUUAAAAAAUGAUGUAUAAUACCUACAAGUGAUUGAUUUUUUAAAAUACCAUGUAAAUUUCAAAUUCAUGUACUCAAAUUUUCAAAAAGGAGUUUGCAUUCAAUGAAAUACAUGUUCAUUCACGAACAUGUAUUUGAGUUAAAACACUGCUCUUUUUGUCAUAUAUUCAAGUACUCCAAGAAUGAUCUGCCAAGGAAAAUAAGUCAUAAUUGGCCAUUGUGCCAUACAUCUUAUGUCAUUGUUAUAGACACCCCUUUGUUUCAGUAUUAGAUCAAUAUUAGGGUUUUCGGAAUGAAGCUGUUCGAUUACUUAGUAGUUUUAAUGUGGGUCAGGAAUAAAAGGCUAAAGUGUUCAAUA